AUGGAAACUCAGUUUAGAAUAAGGACUACGAAACUUUCUUACAGAUUGUCCAGGCGAGUUGAUGAUUUUAAUUGGUUUUGCUUGAAGGGGACACCUUCUAAUAACAGAUACAUUUUGAAGAAUGUUAAUUGUGAAGCUAGACCGGGCCAGAUUCUGGCAAUUGCAGGUCCAAGUGGGGCAGGGAAGACCACAUUGCUUGAGAUUCUUGCUGGAAUGGUCCCGAUGAGUAGUGUCUCUGGUUACGUUCUUGUAAAUGAGCAACCUAUGAACGUUAGACAAUUUCGAAGAGUUUCGGGCUAUGUUACACAAGAUGAAGCUCUAUUCCCACACCUUACUGUCGAAGAAACGCUCAUGUAUAGCGCUCGUCUCAGGUUGCAUGGUGGGCUCGACAAGGCUGUGGCUAGAGUGCGGGAGCUUCUGGUGGAGCUUGGACUAGAGCAUGUUGCCAAUGUGAGAAUUGGUGGUCAAUCAAGCCGUGGCAUUUCUGGUGGGGAGAAGCGAAGAGUUUCAAUCGGGGUCGAUCUUGUUCACGACCCAGCUGUUCUUCUGAUCGAUGAGCCAACUUCGGGAUUGGAUUCAGCAUCAGCGUUUCAUGUAGCUUUGUUGCUGAAAUCUAUGGCUAUGAAGCAAGGUAAGACAAUUGUGCUAACCAUCCAUCAACCAGGCUUCCGAAUCCUGGAGCUUUUUGAUCAAAUUUUGUUACUAUCAAGCGGAACAGUUCUUCAUCAUGGAUCCUUGCAUCUCCUAGAGCACAGGCUUAGGUUUGCAGGUCACUCUAUUCCUCGGCAUGUUAAUGUGCUUGAGUUUGCCAUUGAAGUGACGGAAGUUGUGGUCAUAAAUACUGAAGAAAGCGAAUUAGAAGAUGGAAUCUUAGAAGAGGAAUAUGAACUUACGACUAAAAAUCCCAAUUACCUACCUAAAGCUGAAGAAACUAAAACAUACUACUCCAAUAAUCCGUUCAUGGAGGUUUUAAUACUCGUCCAGAGAUUCUCCAAGAAUAUUAGCAGAACAAAACAGCUCUUUGCUGCAAGAAUAUUACAAUCCAUACUUGCUGGUGUUGUGCUUGGAACUAUAUUCAUGAAUGCGUGUAAUGAUCCCAAGAAAUCAAUGCUACAAACUCAAAUGGGAUUUUUCGCUUUCAGCCUCACCUUCCUGUUGUCAUCUACAACAGAAGGCCUACCAAUUUUCUUGCAAGAGAGGAAAUUUUUGAUGAGAGAAACCUCAAGAGGAGCUUAUAGAGUUUCUUCUUAUGUCAUAUCAAACACCCUGGUGUUCCUCCCUUUCCUAUUGAUCGUGGCUCUUCUUUACACCAUUCCAGUGUACUGGCUAGUAGGACUAAGGAGGGAAGUAGAUGGGUUUCUCUAUUUCUCACUGGUGGUCUGGUUGGUGGUGAUGAUGUCAAAUUCUUUCGUGGUAUGUUUCAGUGCUCUGGUGCCAAAUUUCAUAAUGGGGAAUUCCUUGAUCGCGGGGCUCAUGGGGUCUUACUUCCUGUUUUCAGGCUAUUUUAUAUCAAAAGAUGACAUUCCUUGGUAUUGGAUUUUCAUGCACUACUUGAGUUUGUUUAAGUACCCGUUUGAGUGUUUUGUGAUAAAUGAGUAUGGAGGUGAGAAGGGGAAGACGAGAUGCCUACAAACUGUGGAAGGAAACUGCUAUCUGUAUGGUGAUGGCUUUCUGAUGCAGCAAGGUUUGAAAGAAUCACAGAAAUGGAGUAAUCUAGGUGUAAUGUUGAGUUUCAUUUUUGGGUACAGAUUUCUUUGCUUUUUAAUUCUGUGGUACAGAUCUUACCGCACCCAACGUUGGUAAG